GCUGGUCUGCAGAAUAGCGUCCACGUUUCCCUUCCCAUUGUCCCACUCUGAUGAAGAUGGGAAAUGGCCAUAGGGGAGACGCUCAGACGUUUGGAUUGUGAGUGAGAGUGCAGAGAAUCUUCAGCAGAAAGGACCUGAGCAAGGGGAACCAGAUGGAACAAUUUCAGGGAGAUCCAAAGAGAACGUUUCCCAGAAUCCUGAUCAAGAAAGAGCCUGUGAGAGUUGUAACUGCCCAGAAAGACAGUGGGUAAGCCCUCCAAAAGAGAGAGAGUAAAUCCACUCACUGUGGAUGAGAGCUCACAAACAUUAAAGGCACCACUGUCCAUCAGAGAGCUGUCUCCACAGGCAGUCAAUGAACACUAAGUGUUGUGAGAAAAGGUACAGCAGGGGCUCAGGCCUCAAUGGCCGCCAAAGAGCCCCGAUGGGAAAGAAAUCCUACCCAUGUGCAGACUGUGGGAAGGUCUUCAGCUGGAGCUCAGCCCUGAUCACCCACCAGAGAACCCACACAGGUGAGAGGCCCUACAAGUGCCCUGCCUGCGGGAGAGGCUUCAGCCAGAGCUCCAACCUGGUCAGACAUCACCGCACCCACACUGGGGAGCGGCCCUAUGAGUGCGGUGAGUGCGGGAAGAGCUUCCGCCUCAACUCCCACUUCCUCAAGCAUCAGCGCACCCACGCCAAGCCCUACCCCUGUGGGGUCUGCCAGAGAAGCUUCCACAGCUCCUUGGCCUUGGGCAGGCACCAGAGAGCCCACGCACAGGACCAGUGCUACACCUGUGCAGACUGCGGGAAGAGAUUUCGGGUGCGCUCGGCACUGGCCCAGCACCGCAGGACGCACACAGGUGAAAGGCCCUUCCAGUGCUCCAACUGCGGGAAGGGCUUCAGCCAGAGCGCCAACCUGCUCACGCAUCAGCGGGUCCACACUGGGGAGCGGCCCUUCCAGUGCACCGAGUGUGGGAAACGCUUUGCUGUCAGCUCCCACCUCAGCACUCACCAGAGGAACCAUCGUGCGGAGCGGCCCUGCCAGUGCACUGACUGCGGAAAAGGCUUUGCCAACCCUGCCAAGCUACUCGCCCACCAGAGACGCCACACGGGGGAGCGGCCCUUCCAGUGCCCUGAGUGCAGGAAGUGCUUCAGUGACAGCUCCCUCCUGGUGAAACACCAGCGUAUCCACACAGGGGAGCGGCCCUUCCAGUGCCCCGAGUGCGGGAAGAGCUUCAACCGGAACCUGACCCUACUCAGACACCGGAGAGUGCACACCGGGGAGAGGCCCUACAUCUGCCCUGCCUGCGGGAAGGGCUUCAGCCAGAGCUCCCACCUCAUCACUCACCAAAGAGUGCACACAGGGGAGCGGCCCUACAAAUGCCCCACCUGCGGGAAGGCCUUCAGCCAGAACUCCAACCUGAUCCGGCACCAGAGGAACCACAAGCACCAGGACACACUGUAACCAGCUCAUCAGCACUUGCCUCACACAAGAGAAACAGGCACAAACUGUGGGAAAAAGCUUCAAACAGAGCUCAGACCUUACAAGGCACCAGAGAAGCCACGUGGGGAAGGAAGCGAUGGCUGUCAAACAAAUCAAGUCCUACCAUUUGAAUAGUGCAGAGGAAGUGCUGGAAGCAGCAAGCUGUUCACUGUAGGGAAGUGAUUGCUUGGUGAUAUUUUUGGAUGGAGUAGAGGGAGGCCCAAGGUGACAAAAAGAGGGGGAUAAAUCUGAUAAAUCUACAGGCGUUUGAAAGGGAUACAUACCAAGGGCAAAGAGAACUUAUUUAGGGUUGCACAACAGAUGCAGCUAACAGUAGCAGGAUGAAAUUAAAAGAGGAAACAUUUGUUUUAAAAAGUUCUUGACAGGACUAUAUAUUAUUGAGCAGUUGGAUAAUACCCCCAGAAAGCAAUGGUAGCUUCCUCUGUUGGGACUUUUUGAAAUGUGUUUUUUAGGUUAAUUUACUGUAGGGAGACAGGGAGAUGGAUCAAAUGAAUUAAUGAGUCCUUUUCUACCUCUGAUGUGUCUAAUUCUCUCAAAGGAGGGAACAAAGGCAAAGUUGUUAAAUUAUGGUGGCAAAGGAAGGUGAAUUCAUUUUAAUCUCAAGUCUAUUGAAUGACCCAACCUAUCCUUAAAACAUAUUAUCUAUUGAUACUGGAGACGUGAUUCCUGCCAUCCUUCUCUCCAGAACAAUGGGAUAAGCCAUCUUGUUUAGACAGUUUCACUAACCUAUUUAAUGCUGGUAUUUUUAUUGUAAAGCUAAGUGAUAUCAGAGACCAGAACAGAAUGCAAAUAAGUUCCCCUACCUCUCUAAGAGGAGUAAGAAUUUAAGUAUCAGGGGGUAGCCAUGUUAGUCUGUAUCUACAAAAACAACAA